AUGAACAUGGAAGAAAACGGUCGUUUAGUACUCUCAGAAGAAGUCCAACAUGCACUUUCAACACACUCUCCUAUCGUAGCGUUAGAAAGCACCAUUAUCACACACGGCAUGCCUCAUCCUACCAACCUUUCCACAGCUCUGUCAGUCGAAUCUAUACUCCGGUCAGAAGGUGUGACACCAGCCACUAUAGCCAUACUCCGAGGUGUGGUCCAUGUCGGUCUUACAUCUUCUCAAUUGGAACGAUUGUCAGAUCCUGGACUUACCGGGACAGUCAAGGUUUCGAGAAGAGAUCUGGGUGCUGUGAUAAGUAUGGGUUUAACAGGUGGGACGACGGUAGCUGGUACUAUGUUUAUAGCUCGGAGUUUAGGGAUUGGGUUGUUUGUAACGGGAGGUAUAGGUGGAGUACAUAGAGGUGCAGAGAAGAGUAUGGAUAUUUCGGCUGAUUUGAUGGAAUUGGGAAGAACGCCAGUUGCGGUAGUAUGUGCUGGAGCCAAGAGUAUUUUAGAUAUUCCGAAAACGUUGGAAGUACUCGAAACCCAAGGAGUUUGCGUGGCUUCGUAUGGUGACAAGCAUGAUUUUCCCGCUUUUUAUUCUCCUACUUCUGGGUACAAAAGCCCAUGGCAAGUUCGCGAUCCCACUUUCGCAGCUUCUUUGAUCCAUACAAACCUAAAUCUUCCUCAACCCCUCUCAACUCUCCUCGCCGUACCUAUCCCUUCUUCAUACACUGCAGCAGGACAAGAAGUUCAAGAAUCUGUCGAAAUUGCCAUUAGGGAGAGUGUAGAGCAAGGUAUAGAUAAAAGAGGUAAAGAAGUGACUCCGUGGUUGUUAAAACGAGUUGGAGAAUUAUCAGGUGGGAAAGCUUUAAAACUGAACAACGAGACUCUUCCACAACCAACAGUAUUGGUAUUCGGAGCAGCAGCGAUUGAUAUAACCUCAUCCGCCUCCAAAUCACUCGAAGAUCGUACGACCACACCAGGGGAAAUAAGGGUAUCCCCAGGAGGAGUAGGACGUAAUAUAGCUGAAGCUGCUCAAAAUCUUUUACCUCCAAAUUCCGUCCGUCUCAUCAGCGCUAUAGGAGCUACCAUCGGGAAGAAAGAUCGAGAUACUACAAAGGAUAAUCUCACGAGACAAGGUCAAAAGGGCGAAGAAAUAACGGACGAUCUGGGAUUAAUACUAAAAAGUGAAAUGCUUCGAACGGGAUUACGUACCGACGGUUUGAUCAAUCAUGUAGGAAGUCGAACAGCAUCUUGUUCUUUAAUGUUAGAAAAACAAGAUUUAGUCGUAGGUGUGGCUGAUAUGGAUAUCAUACAUAAUCUCACCCCUGACAAGGUCAUACAUGCUAUCGAACAAACUCCCGGGGUUCAGAUAGUAGCUUUCGACCUGAAUCUUAAACCUGAAAGUAUUAUCGCUUUAUUAAAAACUUGUAUGAAAUUAAAAAUUCCUACUUUAUGUGAUCCUACAUCAAUAUCUAAAUCCCUUCAUUUACUCAAAUCACUUGAUCAACUUCCGAAUUAUCAACUAACACAUUUAUCCCCAAACUUACUUGAAUUAGAGAUUAUAUCUUCACAUUUAUAUCGUUCUUCUAAUCGGAUAGACGCAGUUCCCGAAUUAAAUCUGGAUCUAAACAGGGAUAUCCCUCGAGAGGUGUUGGAGAGUCUCUCAAGGAACGGAUGGAAUUCUGAGAUCGUACGACAUGCUUUAAGAUUGUUGAAGAUUACGAAACAUGUUUGGCUAAAAGGUGGUCCGAGAGGUAUUUUACAUAUAACUUUAGACCAAAUUCCAACCUCAACCACGAACUCAAAAUCGACUUCUGCAGAAAUGUCAACUUCGACCACAACUUCACAUUUGAUAUCAAAGCACAGUUCUCAGAUAAGUCCAUCUGGAGAUCAUACACCUAUCAAACAGGAUGAUUCGUCAGAGGUUACUGAAAGGGUAAUGGAGAAAGAAAACAAAAAUCGAUUCGAUAUACAUAUCUCUUCAUCAUUCCAUUUGAUGAUACAUCAUCACCCACCACCUCAUAUCUCACAGAGUCAAAUUGUCAGUACAACAGGAGCGGGUGAUACUUUAGUUGGAGGUAUUAUUGCUGGUCUUCUUUCUGGGGAAAAGGAAGAAGAAUGGAUGAAUAGAGCUGUUGAACGGGUUGGGAAGACUAUGAGGUCUAGAAGAGCUGUUGGAUGA